UUUGUGCUUAUAAUAGAAACCUGCAUUCAGUAAUAAUUUCAUUUUUCGAAUUGUUGGUAUAUUCACUUUGCGAACAGCAAUGCUGUUCAUUGACCUGAAAUUCUGAUCAAAUACGUUUUGUAGAGUUAAUACGAAGCAUUACAGGUAUCUUGUUCGGUUUAUAUUUUGUCAUGGAAGACUUGGUUGUAUUUACUGCUGAAACGUACAUUCGAAUUGAUGAAGAUUCAGAAAAUCGGGCUUUUAACAAAAAAAGCAAUGAUACUUUCUUUUGUGAUAUUUGUUCCAAAUCAUUUAAAUCAGCAUUUAAUUUAAAGAAGCAUAAUUUAAUACAUUCUGGUGAGCGUCCACACACAUGUGAUAUUUGUCAGAAAAGAUUUACUGCAUCAAGUGAUCUUAAAUCCCAUCGAUUAAUUCAUACUGGUGGCCAUCCUUAUGUGUGCACAAAUUGUAAUAAGGGAUUUCCAUCUCCAAGUAAGCUUCGCCGCCAUCAUUUGACUCAUACUGGUGAACGUCCGUAUUCAUGUGAUGUUUGUUCAAAAGGUUUCAGAACUAGCAGUGAUCUUCAGCGACACAGAUUAACUCACAAAAGUGAUUAUUCCUAUGUAUGUCAGUUUUGUAAUAAGGGCUUUGAUUCGUCUAUUGAUGUAGAGAUGCAUCGAUUAACACAUUCUGGGGAAAGCCCAUAUGAAUGCAAAGUUUGUCAAAAAACUUUUUCUUCUUCUAAUGGUCUUCAGUGUCAUAGUAUUAUUCAUUCUCUUGAAAGGCCACAUACUUGUGAUACAUGUGGUAAGUCUUUUAAAUCUCUGUGUAAUUUAAAAAAGCAUAUGCUUAUUCAUACUGGAGUUCGUCCACAUGUGUGUGAUAUCUGCGGAAAAGGAUUCACUUCAUCUAGUGAUCUUAAUACUCACAAAUUAAAACACACUGGUGAAUAUCCUUAUAUAUGUAAUAUCUGCAGUAAAGGUUUCACGUCACCUAGUAAGUUACAGCGGCAUAUACUUACACAUACUGGGGAGAGACCUCACAUUUGCAUGCUGUGUAAAAAGGGAUUUCGUACUACAAGUGAUCUUCAGCGUCAUAGUUUGACUCACGAGGGUAAAGAUUUUGUCUGUCAUUACUGUAACAAAGGUUUUACAUCCUCAGCUAAUCUAGAACUUCAUUGCCUUUCACAUUUGGGUGAGCGACCUUAUAUUUGUAAUAUUUGCAACAAAGCAUUUGCAUCGCCAAAUAAUUUAAAAAGUCAUAGUUUAACACAUUCAAGUGACAGACCUUACAUAUGUGAAAUAUGUGGAAAAGGUUUCAAAUCAUUUUACAAUUUGAAAAAGCACUGCAUUAUUCAUACUGGUUACAAACCUCAUAUGUGUGAAUUCUGCAAAAAACGCUUUACAUCAAGUAGUGAUCUUAAAUCACACAAGCUUCUGCAUACAGGAGGUCAUCCUCAUGUGUGUGUCAUGUGUAAUAAAGGCUUUUCUUCUCCUAGUAAAUUGCAGAGGCAUCUGUUGACACAUACUGGAUAUCGCCCUGCUGCCUGUGAUUUCUGUGAUAAAAGGUUUAGAAAUAAAAGUGAUCUCCAACGCCACCUUCAAAUACAUAAAAAAAUUAAACCAUCCUAUAAAUGUCAGUAUUGCCAAAAUGAAUUUAGACGUGCCUUAGACUUCAAAACCCAUUUUCUCACACAUACUUCAGAAAGGCCUCAUAUUUGUCAUGUUUGCAAUAAAAGUUACACAACAGAAACAAGAUUGAAAAAUCAUAUACGAAUGCACAACAAUCCACGACCUUAUGUUUGUGAUAUUUGUGGUAAGCGUUUCAGUCUCACUAGGUUACUUAAAGCGCAUAUGAAGACCCAUAAAAAUCAGUCAGAUACAUAUGUUAAACAAGAUAAAGAAAUUUGUGAUUUGCCAUUAGAAAGCAAUGUUGAAGUUGAACUGCAUGAAGAUGAGGCUUUUGAGCUAACGAAUUUGGACAGAAAUUCCGAUUAUACUGAAAUUGUUCCUAAUAAUGCAACUGUGUCGUGAAAAUUUCAAUUUUGUGAAAAGUAUUUAUUUAUUUAUUCAUUAAUGAAUGCUGGAAUCUUAAUUAAAUAUCUUUUGUAAUAGAAAAGUUUUAAAAUUAUGUCAUUUGUAAUUGGUCAUUUUUUAAUGAAAUCUGUUUUUCAGUAUUGUUAUGUUAUUGCUUUUUCUUUCGUACAGCAAUUAAUGUAUAAAAAUUUAAGGAAAAUGCACUUUUUUGUGAUGUGUAGAUGACACAGAUUCCCCCUUUUUCUUUUGCAAAUAAUAAAAUAAGCAUUAUUAUAAAAAAAA